GCCGCUGCUCCCCCAAACUCUGAGGUGGGAGCUUCCGUCCCGCCGUCAACGGAGGCUCGAGACCGGAGCUUACCUUAGGGCAGUGACGAAGUGGGAUUGGACCGACCAACCUCCCCUCUUUAAUCGGAUCAUUGUCCGCUCACCCAGUCUUUACUGUGCACUCGGAAAGUCGUACUUUCUUAUUCUCUUACCUUAUAGAGCCCCUCCCUCGGCUCUUGCGAUACAACCAAGGUCGCGACAUCCCACCAAGCUAACCAACGCCAGCUGCGCAUCUCUUGCUGUUCUCCUCGUCGCGCAGCUUCCCAGUAGCUGCCACGGACUCCUUGUUCUGUGUUUCUCGGCUCCCAGCGUGCAAGCGCUCGACAACGCUGCAUUCCUCACAAGACUUGGACCAUGGUCCUGGCACGAACUCUCCGCCCCGCGGCGCGGGUGGCACGCCUCCUCGAGCAUGCGGCGACGAGACCGACUAUCCCCUCUCCUCUCCUCCGCCGACGUGCCCUGCCUUCGGGCAUCGCCAGUGUUCACACCACCUCUCCAAAGACCCAAGAAGCCGCGGCCCUGCGCCAGGAACCACAGUCCGAGGUGGCUGCGACGAUACCCGACGCCGCGCUGCGUAUAGACCCAAAAGCACAUACAGAACCAGAGCGGGUUAAAGUUGCUAUCUUGCCGAGUCGCCAGAAGCUUCUUAUCGCCGGUCAAACUCCCGGCCAAGAACAUACGAAGCACAUUGACGUGGCUUGGCUCCGAGACCGCUGCGGUUGCCCGCACUGCGUCAGUCCCUCCUCGGGUAACAAGUCCUUCUCCACCGCCGAAAUCCCAAGCGGUAUUGCCUUCGAGAGCGCAAAGGAGAUGCCAGAUGGUUCCCAUGAGAUCCGCUGGACAAACGACAUCCCGCGUGCUGCCGACGUCGGCCACGUUUCCGUCUUUCCCGCCACCGGCCCCCAGAGUCUUGCGGGGUUGUUGACCGAACGGCCAGUCCUUUUCUUCCACCAUGCCAGUGUAAAAAAGGCCGAGAGAUAUCUGUGGAAAAGGGAAACUCUUCUUGACAAGCUCGAGAGGAUCGAUUACAAAGACUACAUGGAGGGAGGCCCGGCUUUCAGGUCAACUGCCCUCUCGCUCGCCAAGAUUGGGCUCGUUUUCCUCACCAAUGUGCCCCAAACCGAAAAGGCCGUAGCUGAUAUAGCUCUGAAAUUUGGGGCCGUCAAGGAGACAUUCUACGGCCACACCUGGGACGUCAUCUCUAAACCCGAUGCUGAAAACGUUGCCUACACCUCCUCUUACCUAGGCCUGCACUCGGACAUGCUCUAUCUCGACUCACCGCCUCGCAUCCAGCUCCUUCAUUGCUUGGAGAACUCGUGCUCUGGGGGUGAGUCCAUCUUCAGCGACGCCCUACACGCUGCCACCUGGCUCGAGAGAUUCCAACCCGAGUCCUACUCUGCAUUGACCAAAUACCUGGUUCCCUACCACUACGCCAAGAAUGGUUUCUUCUACCGCCAGGCUCGACCCGUCAUCGCUGAUAAAAUUGGAGAAGACCGUGAGGUCUGGUGGUCUCCGCCCUUCCAGGCCCCUCUCCCAGGCACGCCCGAUAAAGCAAGCUCUGAAAUUUGGCAAGCCUGGAUCAAGGGAGCGCGGAUAUUCCAAGAAACCCUGGAGCAAGAAGACAACAUGUACCAGCACAGGCUCCAACCGGGCGAGUGCGUGCUGUUUGACAACCGCCGCGUUCUUCAUGGUCGCCGUGCAUUCGACACGGCAAGCGGGCGUCGCUGGCUUAAGGGUACAUAUGUCGCCGAUGAGGAUUUCAAAAGUACCAUACGGCCAUUCCUUGAACCCAUCUGAAGAUAUGGAGGACGGAUCUGAAAUCCAGAAGCCAAAGCGAACUUUAUUCGCUCAGUCAGUCG